UGUUCCACUUCCUGAUGUUCCUUACGCGCCGAGGCAACAGCGACGCUCAACUGCGAUUCAACGCGUCGCGUCAAUUUUUGACAGCCAAUCAACUUCCGUUCGGUACUGUCAAGCGACCAUCUUUCUUUUCUGAUUCGUGCUGUGCUAGAAGUAAGUGCCGUGACGCCAGAAUGCAGUUGCAUAUUCGUGGACUUAACACUCACGUCUUGGACGUCCUGCCCCAGGAAUCCAUCAGCCAGAUCAAGGCCCGCCUGGCCGCGCUCGAGAAUGUCGAAGACGCCGCCCAUCUGGUGCUGUCCUGCGAGGGUGCCAUCCUGGCUACCGAUGCCCUGGUAACCGAUCUGUCCUCGGCCGAGCUGGAUCUCACCAUCCCGCUGCUGGGAGGUAAGGUGCACGGUUCCCUCGCCCGUGCCGGUAAGGUCAAGGGCCAAACGCCCAAGGUCGAGAAAAAGGAGAAGAAAAAGAAGAAGACCGGCCGUGCCAAGCGUCGCAUCCAGUACAACCGCAACUUCGCCAACGUGGUGCAGGCCUUCGGACGCCGCCGCGGACCGAACGCCAACUCGACGUAAGAAGGUAUGCCCUGCAGGGGUGAUGGGUGCGUCUGAACGUGGUGGGGAGUGAUGAAAAGCCGGGAUGUGAACACCUUGGUGAUGAUGCGCGUAAGGAAAUAAACGGAAAUCCUUUAUUAUUUAAGAUGUA